AUGGGAAAACAAAAAAUUAUUUCAGCGAUAAAAACUUUUCGAAAUGAGGUAAAUAAUAAACUUUUGCCUGGAAAAGACCGUGAAAAAAUAACGGCAUUUAAUAAAAGAGUAGAAAAUGUCAUUGAAAAAUUAUCUUCUGACAACUUUGAGGAUUUUAGAGAAGAAGGACAAAUUAAAAUUAUUAGAUUAAAAUUAGAAACUUGCAUUGAAGGUUUAGAAGCAACGAUAUCAGAAAAAAAAACCACGAAUAUUAUUGAAAACGAGGCCAAAAAUAUCCUUAAUUCAAAUGGUUUUAACUAUUUUGAUAACCCAGAACAAGAAAAAAAAAGCAAAAAACUUGCCUCAGUUUUUUUAAUAAGGGAAAUUAUAAAGGAUUUUGAAUUAUCAAACUUACCUCCCGCAAGGGGAAAAGAACUAGAAAAUUUGCUUUUUGCUGCUACUAUACGCGAUUUUUCUUUUGACCCCCAAAGCAAGCAACUUGAAUUUAAGUUUUUUGAUAAUAAAAAUGAAAUUUUAGAAUUAAGCGAAAAAAUAGGUAGUAUUUUAACGAGUUCACGCCCUCUAAUAGAAGGAGAAUAUGAUGAAGACAUUGAAGAAAUUACUUAUGAAAACGGGACAAAAAAUUUCGCCCAAAUAAAAUUAGAGAUAGAACAAAAAUUAGCUUCUGAAAAAAAUCAAAAUCCUCCCAAAAAUUUCACUGAAUUUAGCCAAGAAGCCGAACAAGAAGCCCGGCAAAAAGAAACUCAAACCGAAACUGAACUUGAUGAGGAAAUUAAUCAGACUACUACUAACCUUGACGAUGAAUUAAAAAAAAUCUCCAAACUCGACCAAAAGGUCAAUGAGAGAAAAUAUGAAGAACGUCGUCGAGAAAUUGAACAAAUAAAGAAAAAAGCGGCUCAGGAAGAUGCGAUAAAAACUAGCCAAGUUCUAGCCCGAAAUUUAGAAGCCCAAAUGAACGCCAACGAAGUCGCCUUGACUGAAUUAGAAAUUUCAAUCAAAGAAAAAUAUAAUUUUUUGAAAAGCGGUCAAAUUAAAGACCCCCAAGAAAUAGUUAAUUCCGAAAGACAAAUCAGCCAAGCAAUUGGAGAAAAGGGCAGCACUAAGCGGUGGGAAAAAUUAACUAAGCGUGCUGAGAAACUUCUCCAAAAUUCUCUUUCCGAAAAAGCAGACCUCGACCAACUUUUAAGAGAUUUAAUAUUAUUCAGCAAAAGCACUAACAUUUGA